UAAGUAAUAAAAAUCAGUAAUGAUUAGAGUGAGCCGAGCUGACUGACGUGAGGCAUAUUUGACUUUUAAUAAUCGACGUUUAAUUUUAAUAAAUUUAAAUUCAGACUGGCAGGAAUUGAAACAAAUGUUUGUAUUUUCAAGUCUGCCUUUUAUGACAAAGAAUAAAAUGAGGUAACCUGCUAUUGGUUAAUUCAAAUGAGGAGGUUAUAUCUGACAUAUGAUGGCUCGUUAAAUACUUUCCCGCUCGAAGUCAGUUCUUUUUGUAUAUGUAUUAUUAAAUUAACAUGGCUAUACGUUUGCAUAUUAAUCAUAAAAAUUUAGAUAAUCAAAAGGAAUCUGAGUUGCACCUUAUGCCAUGUAAAAUUCACGGGGAUGAAUGCGCGAAAGUUUCCUCUUUCUUCAAACCUUAUAUUCGCGAGAUAAACGACGAAUAUUAUUAUGGUUCGUUCCGUGGUUACCUGCUUCAAGGAAAGAAAGUAAUUAUACCUGCUGAAUACAAAGGCAUAACGUUUAUAGAAAACAAGAAGGCAGAUACUGAGAAUAAGGACCGGCAUUUGUACAAUACGGGUACAUUCUCACAAUUCACGUACUGGAACUACGACAGGAUACCAUCUAAGAACGAUGCCCUCGCAGCAGCAUUAGAUUGGAUCGAUAUAGCUGAAGCAUUACAUUCUCCAGAGAUAUAAGUGAUAUUUCGAAAAGGACAAUUGUUUUAAUGAAAACAUUUUUCCGAUAAAACAUUUGAUUGUAUUUGUAUACUUUGAUAGAAAAGGAAGACCGAUAGAUAUAAUAAAAGAUAUAUUUUUCAU